AUGCUCGUUAAGCAAGACAUUUCACUAUGGGCUACACAGGGAUUUAUUGAAAAUGUCAAGUUUUUGUGUUUUCACUUGCAGAAACUGUCAGCAGCAAUAGAACAGGAGCCAAGUGAUGCAGAAUAUUAUUGUCAGCGAGCAUAUGCUUACAUUCUUCUACAAAAUUACCAUGGUGCCAUUGCAGAUACAAAGAAGGCACUAGGACUAGAUCCUAAUAAUGCUGUAGCCUUUCUUAGACAAGGGAUUGGUGAAUAUCAUCUGAAAAACUAUGCAUCUGCACUGACAUGUCUCAGGGAGGGACAAAAACUCAACAGUGCAGAUACGUCUUUUACUGUUUGGAUUAAAAUAUGUGAAGAAGCCAUAAGUGCAGGAUCACAAGAUGAAAUGCACCAGUCACGAUCGUCUAAGAUCAAGUAUGAUUGGUACCAGACAGAAUCUCAUGUAAUUGUGACAAUUAUGAUCAAAAACGUGAAGAAGGAUGAAGUAAGAGUACAGUUCUCAGAGAAAGAGCUAAAUACAUUAGUGAAGCUUUCUUCAGAGGAAGACUAUAACUUAAAGCUUAAUCUUCUUCAUCCUAUAAUUCCAGAACAAAGUUCAUUCAGAAUUCUUUCAACUAAGAUUGAGAUUAAAAUGAAGAAGCCAGAAGCCAUACGAUGGGAGAAACUUGAAGGAGAUGGAGGUUCAAAACUAAAGCAGUUUACCCCAGUUUCAGAUUCAGUACUUCUCUAUCCAUCAUCCUCUCAUUAUACACGGAACUGGGAUAGAUUGGUGGUUGAGCUAAAAGAAGAAGAGAAGAAUGAAAAGUUAGAGGGUGAUGCAGCUUUAAAUAAACUUUUCCAGCAGAUCUACUCGGAUGGCACCGAUGAAGUGAAGCGCGCCAUGAAUAAAUCUUUUAUGGAAUCUGGUGGAACAGUUCUGAGCACAAACUGGUCUGAUGUGGGUAAAAGGAAAGUAGAAGUCAAUCCUCCAGAUGACAUGGAAUGGAAAAAAUUUUAACUUAUUCAUGUGCCACUCUCUGCUGCCCAUAUUUACGUUAUCUAUCAUUGUAUAUGGACACAGGAUCUUUGAAGCUGAAGCACUGAAUGUUCAUUAUGAAGAUUAUUGCAGUCUUUGUAUCUUUACAUGCUUUAGGACGACCUUUUCUUUGCAGGUUUUAGAGGUGCAAUCAGGAGUUUAAAGCCUCUCAAUAUCGCUGUCCACUGAAGGGGUUUUGUUUGAUUAUAGCCUGAACCUAGUGAUAACACUAGGCAUUUCCUGCUGGAUUGCCAAUUCUGACUGGAUGUUUGGAGAGUUAGCAAGGCGUUUAAUUGGACUACAUAGGAAUAUUGCCUUAUCAAUGUACACAGUUCCUUUAAAUAAUUUAUUUACUUUUGGUGACUUUCAGAUUGUUUGUUGUUUAACUCUGCAUACAAAUAAACCUGUAAAUAUAUAACUUUUCCAUUAAAAAGCCAGGCUCAUUCUUUUAUUUA